AUGAUCUCGACAGGGCUGCUGCUGCCCAAGGUCCUUCUACAGCUUCUGCAGUGGUUGACCCAGACACGGCGGCGGCAGCUGUUGCUCUUCUUGUCGGCUGCGGUGCUGAUUGGGAGGCAAUUCUUCCAGCAGCGGGUGCAGGACCUGAAGCCUUCGCUUCUGGUGCCAAGGGCACAGCGGCGGGGAGAAGGCAAGAAGGCGUCCGAGAGAGGAAAGAAGGAUGCAUCCACAGAGGGCAAUGUUGAGCUUGGGCAUGCCUUCUGUGCCCUGUUCCAAUCCGCCGGGGAGCGUCGUGGCCGAGGCCCGCAGAUCUCUGUGAAGACCCGCUCUGGCCGUGAGUGCCACCUUCGCUGCUUCGCGGAGCAGCGCUUCGCACAGCUGCGUGCCGACUGGGGCCUUUGCGAGGAGCGCUACUGGUCAAGCUUGGCCAACAGUGGUCUCCGCGGUGGUAUCCAGGAGCCCAGCGGAAAGAGCGGGAGCCUUUUUUGGAUCUCGGGCGAUGGACUGCUGGUCUUGAAGACGACGGAAUCCGAUGAGCUCCGCAAGCUGCUGCAGGGCCUCCCACGGUAUGAGCAGCACUUUGCAACCUACAAGAACUCUCUUCUCAGUCGGUUCUUCGGGGCCUACGAGCUUAUACUGGACCGUCGCCGAGUUCGGUUGGUGGUGAUGAACAACACGUUUGCAUGCGCCCUUCAGCCUCAUGUAGUCUACGAUCUCAAGGGCACAACGGAAGAUCGGUGGGUCAAUCCGCGACCGGGCACAGUUCUGAAGGACUUGAACUUUGCGGACAAAACCAUCGGCAUUCCGGACUUGAAACAGAAGGCUGCGCUGCUGCACAUCCUGAAGAGAGACACCCAGUUCCUGCGGAACCAGCAUGUGAUGGACUACUCUGUAUGCCUUGGCGUGCACUACUGCGAGGAGAAUAGCUAUCCGAACGCUGAGCUCAUCACGCCCGAACCGGGUAUCUCCUCCUCUCUGGCGGUCCUGCGCGGCUACGAGCCCAAGUACCAGUGCACGCUGGUACGGAACCAGCCUUCGCAGAAGGUGGUUUUCUUCAUCGGCAUCAUCGACAUCUUGCAGCAGUUCACCUGGAUGAAGGCCUUGGCCCAUACAGUGAAGUCACUCAGCCUUGGCUGGGUCCAUGAGAUCGACACAGCGCCACCGGCCUACUAUGCACGGCGCUUCAAAACGUCGUUUUGCGCGAAAGUGCAGACAUUCCGGGAGCCCGAGGAUCGUGUUACGCGCUUCGUCCGACGCCUGCGCUUGGGCAUCGAGAACGGCACAGUACAUUGUCCCACGUUCCUCAGCCUUGAGCGGCCACGCCUGGAGACGGAUGCCGAGUUCAGCGCCGACCCAACUGCUGAUGUGACGCUGGACGAGGCUGUGGACUUUGCUGUGAGGCGUGGUGGGCAACUCCUGGUGGCCCGGCGUGGACUGCUCCGGAGCCGAACGGAAGAGGUGGAAGCCUUCCUGGACAUGGAUCGCCACGCGCUGAUCUUUCAGGAGAUGGCUCGGCGUCCCUAUGCGCGCGGCCGCCGGCCCACUUCGCUGGUGGCUUGCUACAAAAUCCGGCGCGUGUACCUGACCAUCGUCUGCUACAGGCCGCGCGACUUGUACUGCAUGGCGUGUCGCUCCCACAUGAAGAUUGAAGCUGAGCCGCCCGAGUCACGGCGCUUCACGGUGGAGGCCGAUGACGAGGAGCCGCUCAGGUUCACUGCCCCCAGCAGACGCCAGGCGAAGCUCUGGGUCACUGCCCUGGAGGCAAGACCCGUCGCCUCUAUCGUGGCGGCUGGCUACGUGGAAGCUAACGUGGAAGAUGUCAGGGAAGCGCAGGCUGCAGCGCUGGUGAGCUCCGCCAGUGGCCGCCCUGGCCUGGCGGACGGGGCCUUCCUUUCCAAACCUGCCUCGGCAGUGCGCGCCGCGCUGCUCGGCUCGCUGGACCUUCUCUUGGAGGAGAAGGAGCUGGCAGGGGUGCUCAGCACCGCACGUCAGGCAAGACACGGGCUGCUCGAGCCAUACCUUUUGGGACCAGAGGCAGAGCGUCGAUGGCAGAAGCGCCGUCUGAAAUGGAUUUUUGGCUUCGUUGAUGCAGAUGGAACGGGAGCCCUGUCCAUCGAGAAGAUCAAUCUGUUAUGGCAUGAGAUGAACAUCAAUGAGAAGGAGGGACAGCAGGCUGGAGAGUCUGGAGAGUGGCCUGUGCUUGUGGCAAGACUCAAUCUGCCAGUUACCACUGGAGAUGCCAGAACUCAGGAUCUGGCAGUCCUGAGCGGCAGGGACGUCGCUCUGGGGGCGGCCGCCAAAUCGGAGGCGGCCAAGUGCUGCGGCUCCAGGACUGGACAAAAAUGCUCUCCCUGGUGGAUAGCGCAUAUGUCAAGGCAGUCCACCGGUGUGUGCGAGACCACCUCCACCUUGGCCGGGCAGCUGCACGCAGUGCCGGUGCAGGUGCAGGCAGCCCUUGUUCAUGGGGAGAUGCAAGCUGUGGGGGUGCACGAAUGCGUGGCAUGCAUGACGGGAAGUGAGGUCACUGCAGAUGACUUGGCGGGCUUCUUUGCGGGCAUCCAGGGCGUCUGGCCACCCCCCUCGAAGCAACAAGUUGAGAGACUGCUCGCGCGUCUCCCUGCACCACUCACCAGGCAGCACAGCCUCUCUGCAGAAGCGCUGGUGCAGAUGCUUUGCUCGCCAGGGAACGCGCUGGUAGACCCAGCGAAGCGGUCCUUGUUUCAGGACAUGACCCAGCCCUUGUGCGCAUACUUUGUGGAUACAUCGCACAACACCUACUUGGAGGGCAACCAGCUCAGCAGCCGGUCCUCCGUGCUCCGCUAUGUGGAGGUGCUCCGUGCCGGAUGCCGCUCUGUGGAGGUGGACGUUUGGGAUGGCAGCAAUGGCGAGCCGGUGGUGAAGCACGGCUACACCGUGACCACUGAAGUGCUUUUCCAGGAUGUCAUUCAGGCAAUCGCAGAUCAUGCGUUCGUUGCGUCCGAAUUCCCUGUCAUAAUCUCCAUUGAGCAACACUGCUGCGCUGCGCAGCGGGUCCGACAGGGGCAGAUCAUGUCCGAGGUUCUGGGAGACCAGCUGCUGAGGCCGCCAUGGGACGAGCAGCACCAGUGUAUCGACAGCAUGGAGGCGGAGUCCAUCUCGCCGUGGUCGGCGCGGAAACGGGUGCUCGUGAAAUCCUCGAUUGGCUGCUGCGAGCGAUGCCGGCGGCCACUUCCAAUCUAUGACCGCUGUGUGGCCCUGCCCACACGGAAGCUGCUUCACAAGCUGGUGGAGAGGGAGUUACACGAUGGGAGUGCUUCUCCGAGUGCCGUCUCUGUGGAGCAGGAUUCGAGCUACGGGUUUGCUGUCGCUUCCGGCACCGCGGCGAAGGUGCACAAGCUAGAGAAGAGCCUGGGACGUGAUGCCCUGCUGCGCUGGAAUGGUGCCCACCUUUCGCGUGUCUACCCUGAGGGCACGCGCAUAGGAUCGGGCAACGUGGAUCCAGUGCCCAUGUGGCUGUGCGGCGUACAGAUGGUGGCCAUGAACUAUCAGACGUCAGACACCGGCCUGUUGCUGAACGAAGGCUUCACCUCUGCAUUUGCUGUGGGCACCGUCUUCCAAGGCCCGACCUUUCACUGGGCGAGACGCGUGGCGCCACUUGGGCAGCGAGCGGAGAUUGUGGAGAUAGCGAGAGUGUCCCACACCCGAGCUGUGAAGCAAGAUGGCUACCACCCUGUCUUCGACCACGAGGUGGAGCUGCAGUUGUCAGACAGCCCGUUGCACAUCCUGACUUUCGAGGUCUUCGAUGCUUGGAGAGGCAGAACCAUGGCCAGGAGUGCUGUGACUCUCGAUGCCGUGCGCACGGGCUUUCGCUGGCUGGCCCUCCACAGCCCACAGGGCCACAGCAUUCCAAGGUGUGGCCUUCUGCUGAAGUGUUUCCUGAGGCCUGGAAGCUCCAUCACCUCGGUGGCCUUCGUGCGAACGGGGGCCCUUCAGGCUUGGAACCAGAUGCUCAAGGUGGCUCCGCGGUCGGUCCUGAGCGGACUCUGGCGGGAGGUUCUGCAGCUCGUCCUUCAGGGGCCCUGUGGGAACGGUGAUGCGGACUUUGGUUCCCUCUCCAACCUGCGGAAGCUUCGUGUGGCAGUCGCCUGCCGAGCAGGACUCGUGGCUCUGCCUCCGCGGCUGGCGCCCUGGCGCUACGAGCGGGGCGCGCGCUCUCUCCUGGUCAAUUUUGCAGAGGCCACGGGCGGCUCUGCACCAAUAGCCUCCGCAGGCGUCAACGUCGGCUCUGUGAACCAAGACGAGGACACUGAGGAGGACGCCCCAGAGGAGGUCGAGGAGGUGGUCGAGCUUUUGCUCUCUGCCCUCCGCGAUGCUGAGACUGUGGUACGCUGGGCUGCGGCCAAGGGGGUUGGUCGCAUCACGAACCGGCUCUCCCGAGACUUCGGUGACCAGGUGCUCGAGUCGUUGCUGGACCGCUGCUUUUCCUUCCGCGAGACGGACAAGGCCUGGCACGGCGGCUGCCUGGCCUUGGCAGAGCUCACGCGGCGUGGGCUGCUUCUUCCUGAUCGCCUGCCCACAGUGAUUCCGCUGAUCUGCCAGGCUCUGCACUUCGAGCAGGUUUCUGGCAACCAUGCAGUCGGCCAACACGUGCGGGAUGCUGCGUGUUACGUAUGUUGGGCCUUCGCUCGUGCUUAUGCGCCCGAUGUCCUCCAGCCGUAUGUUGAAGACCUGGCCAAAGCUCUCAUCCAGGUGGCGGUUUACGACCGAGAAAUCAACUGCCGGCGUGCUGCAGCUGCCGCUGUGCAGGAGAACGUGGGCAGACAGGGAACCUUUCCAGAUGGCAUCGAAGUUGUUACCAUCGCCGACUACUGGACUCUGUCUGGCCGACGGAAUGCGUAUCUCGAGGUCGCGCCAAAGAUUGCCGCCCUCGGGAAUGGUGGAUACAGGCAGUCGCUGAUCGAGCACUUGGUGAGCCGAAAACUGGCCCACCAGGACCUCCAGAUCCGGAUGCUCGCUGCCCAGGGCCUUGCCCGGCUGGCCUCGGAGCCCUCUGACGACACGCUCAGCUACCUGAAUAAGGUGGUGAUUCCAAGCCUUGUUGAACGCUCCACCGCCGAGCAAGCGAGUGCAACGGCCACUGCGCCUGGCGCAGGCCCCACUGCCGGCACCGUGCAGGCGCGGCACGGUGCCGUCGAGGCUGUGGCUUCGCUGGUCGAGGUUCUGCAGGAGAAAGUCGCAGCCGAGAACCAGACCGCGAUCCGAAACUUAGUCCCCGCCCUAGAGAAGGCGCGAGCCUACCGUGGCCGCGGGGGUGAAGUCAUCCGCCAGGCCGCCUGCCGCUUGCUGCAGAAGAUCGCGGCCACGCCUUGGCCUUUCAAAGACGCUACCGCGGUGCGGUACCUUCAAACCGUCGAUGAGUGCGCGCGGCACACGACGGAGGCCAUCCGUGUUGUGGCCGCCGAAGCAUUGGGUGUUCUGGCAGCGGCGAGGUUCAAACCAGAGCUUUGCAGCAAAUGCGUGGACACCUAUCUCAGAGGUCUGCAAAAAGCGGACGAAACGAUUGCUGGCAGGCGUGGCCACACGCUCUGCCUUGGUGCGAUGCCGAUGUCAGCGUUGGCCGAAAGGAGAGCCGACGUGCUGACUGCAUUGUGCAAAGAGGUGCAGGGAGCAGAUCUUCCUGGAGGCAAGGACCAGGAGGACCCGACAACACGACAGUAUGCAGUGCUGUCCCUGGGCUGCCUUUGCGUCGGCUCGACGCUCUCUCCCGAAGAGAUGUCGCUGUUGCUGUCGGCUUUGGAGGCAGCUAUGCGCGACUACGCCACAGACCGCCGUGGCGACGUCGGUUCCUGGGUGCGGGAGGUGGCCAUGGAGGUGAUCGUGGCAAUCCUCGAAGCGCAACGACAUCAGCCGGAGCCGCAACCUGCCCUUCCAGAUGCAGCAUGCACCACAAAGCUGGUGUCGCUGCUCCUGCAGCAGGCCUCACAUCUGGUGAGCGUGUCAUCUCUCUUCUCGCCAAUGCGGAGUUCCUUCAGACGCACAGCCACAAAGUCAGAACUGUUGGCAGCUGCCUGGUUUUUCGAGGCGGUGGAAAAGAUUGAUCGCCUGCGUGAUCGAGCCUAUGGCGGGCUACUCACUUUGCAGCUGCUGACACCCCUUGACUGUUGUCGCCGCUGA